AGCAAACGGCAGAUCAGCCACAUGCAAAGAAUAUUCAAGAAGAAAAGGAAAAUACCAAAGAACAAUAUUAGAAGUGUAAGCUUUACCCCCAAAAGAAAUAUCCGAAUGGAACAAACAAUCAAACAUUAUUGACAAACUGGGGGGGGGAACAACAGAGAGACACUACCUACCUCGUCAAUCUUAAAUAAUGUUUUAAACAAAAAAUAGAUAAAUAUAUAUUUUUAAGAAAACUAUUUAAAAACGUAAACUUUAUACUAUUGUAUUGUACGCAUCGGUAUUAUUAUUAUUAUUAUUAUUAUUAUUAUUUAAUGAUUUUGCAUCGACCCUUGAUUUGCUCUCCCGAAGCUAUGCAUACGGUCCAAAAGGACACUACUUUUACAAAGAUAUUUGUCGGUGGGUUACCGUACCAUACCACGGACUCUUCCCUGAGAAAAUACUUCCAGGUUUUUGGGGAUAUCGAAGAAGCGGUCGUCAUUACAGACAGACAGACCUCCAAGUCUAGAGGCUAUGGCUUUGUGACCAUGGCGGAGCGGAGCGCUGCAGAGAUGGCCUGUAAAGACCCUAAUCCCAUCAUCGAUGGCAGGAAGGCCAACGUGAACCUGGCUUACCUGGGAGCCAAACCCCGCAGCAUGCAAACAGGUUUUACUCUUGGUGUUCAGCAGAUUCACCCAGCCCUAAUCCAGCGGCAAUAUGGGCUGGCUCAGCAGUACAUGUACCCUCAAGCCUUCGUCCAGCCCAGCUUGGUGAUCCCCAGCCAGCUGUCCUCCGUUGGCUCCCCCUACGCCGACUACAAUGCCAUUUGCGCCCAGUACGCCUCAGCCGCUUUCGAGCAGUACCCCUAUGCAGCCUCGCCGGGGUUCCUGGGCUACAGCUACCCCCCAGCUGUCCCCACCGCAGCAGCUAGUGCCAUGCAGCAGCCCCUCUCCACAGCCGCCCACACCCCCACUGCUGCCUUCGUACAGUACCCCUCCCAGCAGGUCCAGCCCGACCGCCUGCAGUAGAGUGGGCUUGGGGGUGAGUCAGUGGGGGAGACGAGGGCGGCACAAUCACACGAGGGGAGGGGAUCAAUUUAUUGCACGAAAAUAAAAAGGACUGCUGUCGAGCGGAAGGAAACUGGAUUGCAUCAGGGGCUUCCGUUUCACUUCCCUCCUCCCUUGUUGCGAGAAGAAGAUUGUUUUUGAAACCAACAAACUAAUCGGCAAGACCGAGGAUUAGCUGGGAUUCCGGUACUCUGGCACUGGAAAAAGAACUCAGAUUAAAUUUGGAAAGGUGGGGAUGGGACGGGACUAGAAAGAAAUACAAAGCUCUUGGGCAGUUUUAUCACCUGAUAGUUGUCCGCUACCAUUCACCUUUGCUGUGUUUGGAGGAAGUCGCGUAAUGGUGAGGUACUACAGAACACAGGCUUGAAGUUAGCACCCUCUGUUCUACAGAAAGAGGAAAAUCACACCACGCAGCAGGAGGACUUUGAAAACAGCUGGCUAUUGAUUCAAUAUGUAUUAGAAGAUCUGGUCACGAGCUGUCAACACCACAAGCCAAUUUAAAAAACAAAAUGUAGAUAAGAUUCUCUCUCUCUCUCUCUCGCUCUCUCUCUUUCUCCACAGAUAAAAUUGAGACAGAUUCACAAGGUGAUUUCAGUAAGCAAUUAAGGGGAGAAUGGGGGGUGGGGUGGUUGUUGGAAAGAAAUAUAAAAUAUUUCUGAAGUAGUUGUCUCACUGGAAGUAUGGACUAUUAUAACUUCUAUAAUUCUUAAAUGAUUUUUUUUUUUUAAAUACAUAGUAAUAUUUUUCAUACGUCCGAAGUACACCUGUUUUAUUUUUAACUUUUUUGUUUUUUAAAUAGUGCUGCAACUUUAAGAUACAUCUACAGUAUUCAUUUCAAGAUAUUUAAGAAAAAAAAAUGCUGAAAAAGUUAUAAACUAUUACCCUGGAUGAUGAGGAUUAUUAUUAUUUUUGUUUUUGAUGAUCAAACUUAUUUCUAAAUAACAAUAAUUUCACACACACAUACCGGGGGUAGAUUACAAAGAAGCAACUGUUAGCUGACAUGUAGAUUUGGAAGAUUUGAUUACUGUUAUUUAUAUACGUUGGAGCCAUCAAAACGGGCAAAUUCUUUAAAAUAAAUAAAAUAAAUUGUAAAUAUAAAA